AUGUGCGGCCAUUCAUUCAAUAUGCCAACCUGUCUUUCUUCGGAUCUGUUUGAUUACUCAAGUGCUCGCGCGAGCAUUUUUCAACUCUCGAAUUCUCUGGGCUCUGAAAUGCUGGAUGCCUAUAUAGGACUGAUAGCAAGUCAGAAGCUUCAAACUGAAUUAUAUGUUCUGUCAUUUUUGCUCAAAGAUCGAGUCUAUCCUGGCGAUCUUUGGGAAAUAAUUGGUGAGCGCAGUAUAGAGGCCAGGCAAGAAGAAACGUUGCGCAGGCACCAGCAUAUCUGUACUGGUGGGGCUGGUGGAAGGCACGCCCAUGUAGAGCGAGUUCUCAUAGACGAGAGGAGGAGACGGUGUCAAAUGGAGGUGUCUUUGUAUAGUCAGGCGAUCGAGCUCUUGGAACAACACUGGAUGUCACGAUUUGGAGCUCGAACCAAGCAUCCCAUCAGGCCAAGCACGAUGGAAACAGUUACACCUGCAAACUACAUACCUUUACCUUGCGCGCCUUUAGCCUGUUUAAUAGCAACACGAGAGACUUCGGACGGCUCUACCUUUUCAGUCUUUGGUCAAUCGGCCUCGCACGCAGGAAGACCAAUAUCCGUCAGUUUGAAGUGUAUUGGCUCCCCAUUUUCCCUGUCAAGUACAUGGGUCACUUCCGAUGUCCAAGAAAAAUUUUUCCAGGCGUUCCAAGCAGAACUGACCAUGCAGGCGGAGUUGAUGGUGACAUCCCUUGCCACUAGGCGUAACAACGCUCAUCUGCGUAACCUUGGUCUGGAUUUGCUCAUCUUGCGGGCAAAGCUAUGCCGCGCCCAAGCUGAGAUGGAGCUCUACAUGAUGGCCUUUGAAAAUUCUCAUGUGUGCAGCUUCUGUGACAAUAGUUUCUCAACGUCCCCAGAUCCGAUUGUUCCACGAUGUCUACCUGAGGAAGUAGACCUUAUCCAGGAUCACGAGGACGAUGAAGACGAGGAUGACGACAGUGAUGGCUCGGGCAGCGAAGACUAUGAUGAUAUCGACGUUUGGGUGCCAUGA